GUGUCUCUCGUCUCUUUCUGCUCCGGUGUGGUUUUGUGAUGCGUGGAGCGGGCAUGCCAAGCGCCAGCUGCACAAGUUGCAGCGGGGUGCUUUUGGUUUUUGUGUGGCAGUGGGUUUUUUUGUUGCCACUUGCCAGUGGCUUGGUCAGGAAGUUUCGUCUCGCAUAGUUCUGCUGCUGAUGACCCUCGUUGUGCUUGUGCGCGUGGCGACGGCAGUCGGGCACAGAGGCUGUUGCGCUUGGAGAGGCACCUCGCAGCCUCCACGGCCUCGUCGUGUGCGCUGCGUGAUCCGCAGGGCUCAGGCCCUCCCGUAGGGCUUGCAGAGUCGUGGAAGGCGCAAGAGGGUGAGGACAGAUGGAUGUAUCUGAACUUGUAUCACGGGCGCCGCGGGAGGAGUCAUGUUGUCGUCGAGAUGGGAGCCCUUGACGGCUUGAGGUUCUCUAACUCGUAUGCGUUUGAAUAUGAACUGGGCUGGCGGUCAGUUUUAAUCGAGGGGUCCGCAGGAAAUUUUGCCGCGCUGCAGAAAAACAGGCCUAAUGCGACUGCGAUUUUUGGCGCUGCAUGUGCAAAGGUGUCGACGAUAAAGAUCCCUGGGUCGGUAUGGGGAGAAGAAGCGGCCUCAGCCUCAAAAACUUGGAGUCGAUCUCUUAUUUCUUUGCUCCUGGGGUGUAGUGGGCGCGCUUUGCUGCGUGCUGCAGUGCUGUCACCAAGAACAAAGAGGCAGCCACCCAGGUGAAGCACACCGAGAGCCAGGCAAAGACCUAACCAAACGGAGAGAAAUUUGUGGCGACACUCAGCGAGGACAGGGGGGGCUGCCAGGUUUAGUCGUGGCUGGUUUGGGGCUCGGCUGUGCGGGGGGGCAACCACGGGAAAGAGGUCGACUGUUAGCCGCUUGAAUGGCGCAUGCGUGUGAGUGCUUCGCGCGUAUUCGUGACUCGCGGUUGGGGGUGUGGCAUCGGUGCCACAAAGUCGCUGGCCACACUUUUGCGUGCAUCGCUCACCGAUGAACUUACGCCCGCUGUGGGGCCAGUGAACCGAUCCGCCACCCAGGAACUUCAGGGCCAAGCGCGUGGGCCCAGCCUGGGGCUGAGGGCUGACGGGACAGGCCGACGCCGCUCGUCGACUCCGCGGCCACUCAGGCCGAGGUUGCCUGGCUUGCUUGCAUUGGUGAAGGGAGGUCGCGUGCCUUUCUUUCGGGCCCACCUCCUUCACUGACACUGUCUGACAACCACGGGCGCCCCAGGCGCGUCUAUGGCUCUUCACGAGAUCUUUCAGGGGCAGUUGGCGCGACCGCUGCAAGAGGCUGCCAGGCCUCCGGGCUAGUGCCACAGGGAGGCGCUGCAGACCUUCACGCACGCUCGCCGGCCAUGAUGGAUUUGGGCUGCCUGCGAUCUUUGUGGUGCUUGGUGUUGAUACGCUCAAAAGAAAAGGCAUGCUGACUGCAAACCGAUGCGGCUGAGGCGGCUUCGCGUGUCUGCUCAUCCGCAGGCCCGACAGCCAGCGCACACGACGGGCCUGCCAGCACGGGGGACACCCCCUGCAUGCCAAUGAGUAUGCUUUUAGGAAGGGCGGGCGUGGAUCGCGUGGAUUUUUUCUCUUUGGAUGUUGAGGGAGCGGAGCUUGCAGCGAUCGAGUCGCAUGACUACAUGAGAGUCCCGGUGAACGCGUAUUUGAUCGAGAUGCGGCCGAAUGCUGCUGAAGCAGAAAAGAACUCAAGAGUGAGGAAAGCCCUUGCUGACCGUGGAUUUUGUCGCUUGGCAGUGAAUGUCGGACACAAAAACGAGGUCUGGGUCAGUUCGAAAUGGGUGGAGCCUUAGUAGAGGACAGGCAGCGGCGUGUCGCUCAUGCUUUCCCACGUUGGAAGCCUUUCGGCGUCUGCGGCAGAGCUUUGCUCGCAGCUCUUCGCCCACCCCUUGCCGUGAACUGUUUGGCUGGGUGCAGCUUUCACGCUUCGGCGGUGAAAAGCGACCAUCGGUUCCCGAUCAAUACACAGCGACCGCGCGUUGUGCUCGUACGUGUUUUGGUCGAUUGCAUUACCAGUGCCCCCAGGCUUUCAAGAGCCAAAAAGCCUGCCCACGAAAGACAGCUGCGCACGCAGGUGAGCAACCUUGCCAGCUACUUGCUUGGUGGUGUACUUAUCUAGUGGCACUCUGAUAAAGAUCGUCGGGGAAAGGUGUCGCCUGUGAUUGGUCUUAAGGAUUUCCGAAGGCUUGUGCCUGCGGGGGGCGGGUAGCAGGAUCGAGAGAAAUGACCCCACGAACUUGCGGAGACGCUUUUCGCGUAGCUCCGUUCGGGCUGGAUUCGGGUGCCGUCUAGGUUCCAACUGAACUCUCGACAAGUGUAGCUGGGAGAGGCGACUGCGGUGCUGGGCUGGGUUCGAGCUGG